GUGUGUGGGUGUGCUGGCCGGCAACACCCGCAGCGGCGUGUAUCAGAUCUUUCCAUACAGGUGCAGGAGGCAGGACGAGGGCGUGCAGGUGUGGUGUGAGCUGGAAGAUGAGGAAGGAGGGUGGACCGUGGUACUGGCCCGCCGCCCACUGGACCAACAGGUCAACUUCAACCGAGGCUGGAGAGACUACCGUGAAGGCUUCGGUGACCCAGACACAGAGUACUGGAUUGGUAACGCUGCGCUCCAUGACCUGACGUACAGGUGGCCGCAGGUGCUGAAGGUGGAUCUGGGUGACUGGGACGGUGAGAGUCGUUCAGCCAGAUACCAAACGUUUCUGGUUGAUGACGAGGACAGGCGGUUCAGCCUCCACCUGGGCCAGUACUCAGGUGACGCCGGGGAUGGCUUUAGUCACCAUAACAACAUGCCCUUCACCACCUCCGACAGAGAUAACGAUAAUCAAGGAACGAGCAACUGCGCAGUAGACUACCAUGGAGGAUUUUGGUACAACAAUUGUCAUGCUGUGAGCCCCACCAGCCUGUUACUGGAGAAACAGAAGAGUACAAGAGGGAUUAACUGGAACACGUGGUACCCUGACAGAACCACACUCAAGAACGCCACCUUCAUGAUCAAGCCUAAAUCUUGUUCUUAAUAAUGAUGCGAGAAAAAGAAAUGUGUUUCACGAAUAAUAGCGAACGGGUGAUGAUCUCUGCAUUUUAUUUUUGUUAUUAUUACAUUCUAUUAUUAUUAUUAUUAUUAUUAUUAUUUCUCAAGUACAUUAUAAUUCAUCUGGCUUCGUAACUCAAAGAAUUCUAUAGUUUGAAUUAACUAGACAAAGCUAAAUCCCAGUGAGAAAGAAUAAAAAUCUUCAUUGUGAAUAAUACAUGUAGUUAUAUAUAAAAUAUUAUACAAUACUAUAUAAACACAGGAGGACAAUUUCAAAACAUAUCUUUUUCGAAAACCCAAACAAGUGAUUUAUAUAGAGUACCAAGAAUAAUAUAUAAUGAUAAUGUUAAUAUAUAAUGUACAAUGGUAAUUAUAAUAUAAACAAAAUGUUAA